UUUUAUUCUUGGUCAUUAUUCUUCUUUACUAAAAGUCAAGGUCGAUGAAAAUCUAAUUCAUCUAGCUAAACAAUAUGGUGGUAUUUUCCGUUUACAUAAAUUGUUUAACGAACCUCAAAUCGUAAUUACCGAUCCCAAACUUGUUCAAACAAUUCUAAAUUCAUACGACUAUCAAGGUUUUAAUGCUAGAUCUCUAAGUUAUGAUCUUUUUGGAAGUGGAGUG